GUGUGCUCACCCUGUGCGCACAUCUCUUGAGAGCCCCAGCGGCUGACUAGAAAGAGCGGGGGAGAUGGGGCCGCCAGCAGCACCGGGUGGUUCUCCGGCCCCACGGGCUCACUGAUCUGCAUGGUGCCUGCUCUCAGGGCUUCCUCUGCUUACCGACCUCUAAUGCCACCGGACAAAGCAUCCUUCACUAGCACAGCAUGGUCCUGGCCUGCUCAGCCUGCCCCAGAGUUCAUAGUUCCAGCGUGCUACGUGAGCGAACGAGGGCAGGAAUGGACAAGGUUACCCGCAACAGUCAGGAAGUUAAGAAACAUGUGCGUCUGCAGGAUCGAAGGGGCUCCAAUGUUUCGCUGGUGCUGGACAUGAGUUCCCUGAGCAACACAGAACCCAUUCAAUCAAUCUUCACCCCCAGAGAUGUCACAGUGAAGCUUCUGGACACAACCAGUCAUGUUCUUACGCAGAAGAUGCUCCAGCAGAGGAACUGGAAUCUGGAAAACCUUCAAGAGGAGUUUGCGAAAGUCCCCUCAAACUUUAUCAGUCCAGAAGAGUUGGACAUCCCUGGACGAGCAGCAAAGGACAGAUACAAAUCCAUCCUACCAAAUCCCCAGAGUCGUGUUUGCCUCAAGAGAGCCGAGAGCCAAGAAGAUGAGCUCUACAUAAAUGCAAACUACAUCCGGGGUUAUGCUGGACGGGAGAAAGCCUACAUUGCCACACAGGGGCCCAUGCUAAAUACUGUCAAUGACUUCUGGACAAUGGUGUGGCAGGAAGAGACUCCUCUCAUAGUGAUGCUCACCAAACUCAAGGAAGAGAAAGAGAAAUGUAUAUGUUACUGGCCUGAAAGAGAGGCAACCUAUGGGCCUUUCACCAUCCAAGUGCAAAGCGUUUGCAAGUAUGAAGAAUACACCAUCCGUAGCUUUGCUCUGCAGCUCAAAGACGAGUGCCGCACUGUGAAGCACAUUGUCUUCUCCUCCUGGCCAGACCAGAAGACCCCAGAAUCAGCCAAGACACUUUUGCACUUGGUGUUUGAGGUGGAGAAAAUUCUGCAGUCUUCAGAGAGCACAGGACCUAUCGUUGUGCACUGUAGUGCAGGAAUCGGUCGGACUGGCUGUUUUAUUGCUACGCAAAUUGGAUGCCAGCAACUGAAGGACAAAGAAGAGGUGGACAUUUUGGGGAUCGUCUGCCAGCUACGCAUAGACAGAGGUGGAAUGAUACAAACCAUCGAACAAUACCAGUUCCUCCAUCAUACUCUGGCCAUUUAUGCUUCACAGCUUCCUAAGAUCACAAACGGUUAAUGGCACUUCUUAUCUUAGCAUGGGGAACUGCCUGCUGCUUGACACUUGGCUUGAUGGAGCAUUUUCCUGGCAGCAAUAUCGGGAGAAGUAUUUAUAUAAAUAUUUCAAUCACGAGAAGAACUGUCUGGUUACUGGUUGCAUAUAAAUGGAAUGUUUUUUAUCUGGAAGCAUAUGUUCAAUUCCUUUUUCUUUCUUUUCUUUGAAUUUUCUGAAUGAUUUGUAUAAACUUAAAUCUUACUUUCAAGUUCAUUGAAAA